AGGGUCGGAGCGCGUUGCUAGUGGGCGCGGCUGGCCUGGGCGGCGGAGGCCGAGCGUUCGCCCCGAGUCCUGCGACACGGCACCCUGCCCCACGCUUGGCCGGGUCGCCUUGCCGAGGCAGCUUCUUCCGGCCCGUGCGGCGGGAUUCCGUGGAGAGCCCCCCCAACACACACAUCCUGAGAGUGUUUUGAAGAUACAGUUACCUGUUGACUUUUAAGUCUCUAUAGAAGCUGAAAUCCAUCACCAUCCUUCAAAAUGCAAUGGAAUGUACCACGGACUAUGUCUCGGCUGGCACUCAGGACAUUCUCAGAACCACAGAAAGCCAGGCUCUUUGAACACCACCGGAGCAUAAAAGGACCAUUACUUUGGCGUAGAGGUGAAUGCAGAGUGGUUUGGACACCACACCUUCGAAAGCAGUGGCUUCAUUUACCUGCUGUUCAGUGCCUUGCAAAGCAAAGGAAUCUAUUAGAUGCUCAGCCACCCCAGCUAGGAGUCCUUCGCCAGGAACGAUGGGAGCAGGAUAUUUUAUCCAAGAGGGUUUUAUCUUCCAGUGCCACAUCCCGAGACUCUCCAUCAGAAAAAAAGGAAGAGCAAGAUCCUUUACAAGACAAGUCUAUUAGUCUUUAUCAACGAUUUAAGAAAACCUUUAGACAAUAUGGAAAAGUUUUAAUUCCUGUGCAUCUAAUAACUUCCGGUAUUUGGUUUGGAACAUUUUACUAUGCAGCUAUAAAAGGAGUGAAUGUCGUCCCUUUCCUAGAGAUGUGUGGAUUACCUGACAGUGUAGUGGACAUCCUGAAAAACUCCCAAAGUGGGAAUGCCCUGACAGCAUAUGCCAUGUUUAAGAUUGCGACACCCGCCCGCUACACUGUGACCUUGGGAGGAACAUCCUUUACUGUGAAGUAUUUGCGAAGUCAUGGCUACAUGUCAACCCCACCACCUGUCAAGGAGUAUUUGCAGGACAGAAUGGAAGAGACUAAGGAGCUCAUCACAGAGAAAAUGGAGGAGACAAAGGACAGACUCACUGAAAAAUUACAAGAAACCAAAGAAAAAGUUUCUUUUAAGAAAAAAGUGGAAUAAGGGUGCCUUAUGUAAGAUGUUAGAGAAAACCCCACUCUUUAACCCUCUGGAGACUGGGCAAAGAAAGCGUUCUGAAUUUUUUUUUCUUCUUUGGUUACUUACUUGCCUAAAUGUAUCAGUCCUCUGAGGGUUAAAGAACAGAAAUAGUUUUUUGGUUUUGUUUUUAAGUUAAAUAACAUUGGGGGGGAAAAAAAUCAAUGUUUUUCAAAAUGAAAUGAACCCAGUAUACGAAUUGUAUAUGAGUUGCAGCAAUAAGCAGUAGUUAGUGUCCAAGAAGUCAGAGUUCUUUUUCCAUAUCCUCAGAAUCAAAUUUGCUUCAUGUUCUCUGAUGCCUGCAGUGUGUGUGCUGGGCAGUCCACACCCAGAGUCAAAGGCAGUAAGUGCCCAGUUCUGUGGGAAUGAACAUCGACCGUUCAGACUCUGGGUAAGAGACCAGAGAAGGUACCUACCAGUUAACGGGUAGGUCUUAUUUCAAGAAGGCUAUCUAAAUCCAGUCUUAUGUUUAUAAGAUAUAUUGGUUAUGUGAUGAAAUGAACCCUUGUAAAAUUGUUUUUAACUGGAGCUUGUCAAAAUCACAUUUUUAAAGCAAAUUCUUUUUCAAACUUGACUGUGCAUGGUGGUUGGACACUUGGAAUGUCAGACUUUCUUGUAAUUCACUUCUGUCUUCUCCAGCUAAUCUUUGGAGGAGAGUAAAAGUUUUUUAUAAACUUUAUUAUUGACAUCACAUACAUGAGCAACUCAAGUCCACUCUUCUUAACUACAUCAAGUUUUGAAAGACCACUGCUGAUUUUGGAAGGAGCAAGUCUGUGUAACUGCCUAUGCUCGAGAAUGGAGGCUCAUGGUGGGCGCGAUGCAGAGAAUGGAGAACAGGUGGGCAGUGCACCCUUGUGGUUCAUCUCAGAUCUCUCCUACUACUUAAAACCCUUGUGGGAUUUUUGGUCCUUAUAUCCCUGGUCAAAACAAAAGAGGCCUGUCUGUCAUGGUCUCAUUAGAAUUGUGGUUAGUGUUUCUCAUAUUGGAAGGGAAAAUUCCUGCUUAAAUAUUCUGCUGACUGUGUAUAGCUUGUAAUGAAUCGGUGGCUGUCAGGCAAGUCCCGUGCCUGUAGAACGUCUCUCUCUUGGUGUGGGAGUGCCUAUGUCUCAUUUUGCACUCUCAGCUUUCCUUCAGGUCUAACCCUUGGGGUGACACUGGAGCAAGUAAUGGCCUUUGUAGGGGGCAUUGGUUUUGAUUUGCCAUCAGAAUGUCAGAGAUCUUGCCACAUAGCUAUCCCAUCAGUCCCUGCUUCCUGACAGGAGGUACAUCGAAUGCUUCAUUUGGCCAGAUUUAGAGAAUGAGGGGAUAAUGUCACAUUUGAGAUACCCAGUCACUGUAUGGAAGCACUGUGAGAAUGCUGUGGUUGGAAGCAUUAGAGAGGGGGAUUUGUCAUGGGCCUCUGUUCUUUUGUUCGUUGGCAGGUGAUUAAUCUGAGGCAGAGUUCAGUGCACUGCUACAAAUUGAUGGCACACUUUCAAGUAUAAACAGGACAACACACUUUAGCAUGCUUUUAAACAGUAAAAUACUAAAUGCUGAUGUAGUGAUAUUUCCCCCCUUUUAAACAACCAAGAAUGCCAUGCUAAAAUGUGGUAAUAGAAUUCUUUCUCCUAAAACCUUGUACCUGUCCUGGUGCGUAGGGCAUAUAUAUCAUCUAGUGGAGGUUAAUCUGAGACUCUCAGGACAUUUCUAAUAAUCAUGAGACUGCAACUUUCUUGUCCUGUGUAGAUAUCUUCUGCCUAGUCCAUUGGAGUCUUAUCACCAUUCAGUUUUAUGUCUGGGUUGUGUCUCCCAAUUAUAGCAAAUGAGGAGCUGCUUGUAUGUGCUUUUAAAUCCAAUGAAAAGGUUUCUAAAGAUUGAGAAGUUACGUUAUUACUAUUUGGCAUCAGAGAUGUCAUACAAAUGCUGUUGCCGAUAUUAUCCUUAAAUCUAACCACAAACAACUUAUAGGGGAGCCUGCAGUGUGUUGAUAGCAGACAACAGUAACAUGUCACCUUAAAUUAUCACAUUGUAUAAUAGAGAUUUUGUAUAUGCUGAAUUGCAUUUUAUUUACAGCAAAUCUUGCAUUUCUCUUAGCUGCAAGGGAAACCGGAAGCUCCAUGUCUGGUAUGCACAUUUAUCCUUUUGAAAGAUAUGUUAAUGUCAUGAAUGAAGCUGUGACUGAGAUUUAUUUAUUUUUUUAAUGGACAGAAAACAUUUGCCUAGCACAUGAACAAGUUCAAAUGAAAAUGGAUUAGGUAAGAGGCUUGGUUUGUUAAAGAAUAAGAGUAAAACCAGCCUUUCAAAAUAUCACAUCAUUGAGAGCCUUUUGUGCAAAAUGGGGUGCUGUUUGGAUUUCACCGAAGGGAAGAGAUGUAUGUAUAUUAGGAUUAGCUUUCUCCCCAUAGUGAAAUAAUAAAACAAAGACUUCAAAUAUUCCCGAGUUUUCCAUUAUAAAUCUGCCUCCAUCUUCUGAGUUCUUUAUGCUCGGGGUGAGCUGGAGCUGGGCAGUUGUCUUGUUUCUGGGGUCUUAGACCACAGUUCUGGGAAUCUUGAGCAUCUUUAUAGUGUGGGCAGAAGAGGUGUUUGAAGAAAAUGAAGCUGUAUUUUAGACACAGUGAGCUUCUUUAAUGUCUUUUGCACUGGGUUCAAGUCUUUAGGAUUUCAUAACUGCUUCAAAUGUAAAUGGAACUAUUGUAGAUGGUACUAGUGAGGAUGGGCAGAAGGUGAAUUUAGCAAGUGAGGCAGGGGAAAAUGAGUUCAUCUUUCUGAGUUCUUUUUGAAAUAGAGAUUUUUGCAGUAUACACACAUAUUUUUUAAUUAUUAAAGGGCUCCUAAAAUGAGGUUGUUGUAGAAUUAGAGGAAUAAUUUUCUUGGUAGCUACAGUUCAUGUUCUAAAAUAUUGUUUCAGAUUUCCAAAACUUGAGUCUCCAUAAGACCUAAAAUAAAGUAAAUUUAAAUGUUCCAAAGUUUUUUCUGCCCUAUUUAAGUGCCCUUCUGGCAUGCCACUUACUUGUUGGCAUUAAGAGCUCACGAUUUCAUUGACUUUAGCAAGGACAUGAUGUCAGAAUCAUCCAGUCAUUGACCCCUUGCCUGAUUAGCGCAUGAGCAUGUGUUGAGGGAUAUGUGGGUCCCUGAUUUGGAAAUUUGCAGAACGGGUGUGAGGAAGGCAGUAAGGAGGGUGUCCCUCCUCAUUCUUCAAGUAGUAACUGUGCUUGCUCUCCACUGGCCCACGUGUGUGUUAUUUGCCAGUUUUGUAUUAAGUGGAGUUUCCAUGAGCAAAGGAAGGAAGGAGAGAAAGAAAGAAAAGAGAAGGAAGUUAUAUAUCCAAAGGACAGCAGAGUCUGGACCUCAUCUUCCCUGAUGAUUGGAAUGGUCUAAGGACCACUCCUUUCCCAGAAUUUCUCUUUUGCCGUGAACUUUGGCAUGGCCUUCUUAGAGAACUUUCUCUUGUACUCUGAGCUUCUCACAGUUACAUGCUAAGUUAGGCUCACUGGAUUUAUUUUCCUUCUGAGAUUUUUUUUUCCUUUGUGAUUUCUAUGUCCUUUGUUCAUCCUAACUAGUCAAAACAAGUUUGUGAUUGUCGUACAUCUCCAGGAUUGAGCUUUGAAAAUUAAGGUGUAUUCUUCCCUAUACAUCACUGAUAGUCACUAGCAGUAAUCACAGAUCCUAAUCAUCCUGUGGCAGUUAUUUGAUUAUUUUGAUAAGAGUGAUCCUCAUAGUAGGAAGAAUGCAUCCUGAGUUCAGAACCCUUGAGGGCAGAGCGGGAUAUGGUUUGUUCUGAGGUGGUGAGAAAUCUGACUCUCUGCCACAGUAUGCUUCCUGCGUCUUGAUUUUCCUGAAAAGAUUAGCUGGAAACUUUCCUUCUGUCCACCUUCCAUUGUCAGCCUUUUCUGUCUUGAAUUUUGACUAAUUUAAGUGUUAGCAGAAAAUCACUGAUAUGAGCAGGACCCCGUGUGCAGGGAAUGUGCUCAGUGCAAGUGUGCCCUGCAGGUCAGUGUGCACAGCAGCACAGUGUUCUUACAGGGACCUGAAGCUUGCAGGAGCCGUUGGCUGGACCCACCAUCUUCUAGAGCAACAGCAUUGAAACCCAACUUCAUCCUGUUUGUUUCAGCAAGAUGAAAUUGCCCCUGUUGUAACCCAUCCAUGCACAUAGUAAAAGGCACUUUCUGCCAUAUUUUAACAAUUCCAUAAAGAUGCUACACAAAAUAACGGCAAUUCUCUAUCUUCCUUUUCCAGUUAACUCUCAAUGUUAACUCUCAAUCCUGGAUUGAUUUUAGGAAGGGCAACAGUGUGUUUAUGUGAACAUGGUUUCAGCUGUUGCCUUGUUUGCACCUCUGAGUGCUAGAUUGGAGAUUCUGUAACAGCGUAUUUUUACUUAUUUAAAUUCAUACUUUAGGAUUCUUACUGUGGUAUCCAAGUUGUUGCUUUAUUUCUCAUACAAUGGGUGCUGGGUGUCCUUACCUGCUUAGUAUUUGGCCACGGCAGUGUAGUUAUAGGGCUCUGGUCCCCGGAACCCCAGGCAACAUGUACGUUCUGUUUCCUUGAUGAAGCAGAGGCAGGUUAUGGGAGACAGACAGCUUGUGUAUUCUGUACUUCUUUUGACCAGUGACAAACAGGUGUACAUUGCCCCAAAGUAAAAAAUACUGUCAAGUAUGUCCACAAAACCUAAUGCAGUUUUUGUUGAGCAAGCUGGACCAUUCAUUAGUUGCACUCCUCGUUUUGUUUUUUAGAUCAGCUUUUACCUUUGUUUUUACCCCCGUUAAUUCAAAUCCAAGGCUUAAAGAACUGUAGAAAAUAACAGUGAUGAAUCAUGUUAGGACAUUGAAGGCAUGUUUUGGUUAAAGAAAAAAACACAAAGACCUGUGUCUGAAGUUCAGCCAGUCAUAACUCCUGUGGUCCCUUUCCCUUUGUGGCAGGUACUUAGGUAUGCCAGGCCACGCUCCUGGACUAAAGGAAAAUAAAAAUCAAGCCAGUUCAUUACAUUUGCCGGUAACACAUAGCCUGGCUCUUCUGCUGAUACCAUUCAUUUUUGACUUUUAACCUGGUAACUUAACGUCCUUUUGACUGUACUCUGUUCAUCAUCUUCUUAGAGUGAUCUCAAAGGGAGACACUUGAACUAGUCUGUGACUUUCCUCUAGCUUGGUUUCCCCCUUAGUUUGGGAUAGGCUGGGGAAGCUAAAGGUCCAGUCUUAUUCUGUCCUCUGUCACCACCUAGUGAAGUUGGCCUUAGUAAAGCAUUCAGGUUGCAAUUUUCACACAACUAAAUCCAUACUUGAAACUCUACGUUUCUCUUCCAGUCAUACAAUACCUUUUGCCUUUUCCUAAUUACCGCAUUGAAAUCAAUGAAGGAAAACUUCAAUCAAGUCUAGAUUUUAUGCAUUAAGUAUAAAUAGUAACAUUAACUAUUACAUACAUCAGGGACCACUUUGCCUCAAGAAAUUCUCCGACUGUCUCCUUGGUUCAAAACGAGUUCACCUUUUCCUUCCUGCCCAUGUACAGUACUAGGCAGUGGUCAUGUUGUCUGAACCUGUGUCGGCGCCACACUUGAAGACAGCUGAGACUAAUAUUUCCAUUUAAUUGCUGCCAUGCUAGAAGACCUGAAGCCCUCGAAACUGCUAUUUAUGGAAAACGUUAGUGCAGAGAAGUUUAUGAUAGCCUUAGGAAAUACUAGGUUUUACCAAAUAGAGUGCUUGCCCUCGCUGAGUCCCAAGAAAAGGAAAUUUAAAGCCUAUGAUUCAUUUGUUAAGAGGACAGAUUUCCUAUGAAGUAUUUUCAGUACCACAAGAUGAAAACAAAACUCCAGGCACUUCCACACAACUGUGUGCAACAAAGCAUGUGUGUUUUUCGCUGCCUUGGCAGAUGCGUGCCUUGUAUGCAGGGAACAGCCUCCACAGGACCUGCACCUAGAAGACUCAUACCUUCAAGUUGGACAGCAAGAGCAAUGGGACCUCAUUGGUGAGCAGCUGCCGCCACCUCAUGAGGACACUGAGGGUGUGUAGGCUACUGUCUCUGCCUUAGGUAGUCCCUUGUCUUUCUCUCUGCCUGGCUGAAACAAUUGCACGUGCUUUAUAGAUGGGAAUUUGGAACUACCUCCAGCCAGGGACAUUAGUUACCUGAGGUGAGCCCUUGAACCAUCUAAAGUCUGCUGGGCCCAAGGUCUGAACUGCUCUUUGUAGUAUGUAGGAAAUGUUUACAAGACCAAGUCACCUCGAAACCCCACACCAAAAAUGCUGUGGCAAACAGUGUGUCCCAACUUACCUCAGGGUAGCAUGAGAUGCUUAGAAUGUGGGAACCAAGUUGGGCUGGUGGCCUCUGGAAGAAUGAGGUGGCUUGGUUGUGCUGGGGCUUCAGACAUACUUGCUGUUCAUUCAUGUGAUUGUUUCUAUACUCACAAAAGGUCGGUAACAGAAGAAAUGCUAAGUGAGAACACUGUUUCACAGGUUAAAUUAUACAAGCCGCUGACUGUAAACUGCAGUGUUGAAGGUUUUUAAGGGAAUUCUUCACUUGAAAGGCCUUUGGGGUAUGUGGUUUUAGUCAUCACUGUUGGAGUCACAUUAUUAGAACCAGCUUUUGCUCUUAAAUUUCUUUUUUUGGAAGUGAGUACAGCAGAGCAAAUCACAUUUGCAUUAUUGAAGCAAAAGUUAAAGUCUUGACAGAAAUACAGUGUUUAAAAUGAAUUUCCAAAUACAAAGGCUUUUUUGGAGCUGCUAUUUCCAGUGUGUGUUUUAAUUGGAAUCUAUGUAAGCCAAACAGAUCAAAACAGUAUAGUGAGGGAACUCUAACUUGUUUUAAGUAGCAAGUUUCUUAUAAACUGUUAAUGCAAGUGUUACCACAGAGAAGCAGAAUUGGUGUUUUCACUCAAAGGCCGAGGGUGAGCUGCUGUCUGUAAGGUCUUUGUUUUCUGCAUCAGAGCCUGCUCGGUCCUCAGCCAGGGGACCUGGGCAGAAGAUAGUCAGUCCCACGAGGCACUCUUCCAUUGUGAACUGGAGUGCCAGCCUCAUGCUCUUAAAGGGCUCAGCCGUCCUGCUGUGUCAAAACCGUUGCUCAGCAGUGCCUCCUGCUUCCCUGAAGCAGUAGCUCUGACAGCCUGGGUUGGACUCUUUGAGAGGAACUCAGAUCUGCUCGUACUCGGUGAUCAGGACCAGGCAGAGGGAAGAGGGGGCCUGGCACAUGUCAUCCUUUCUUUGCUCACACUGGUGUUAGGUUGGGCAGAUCUGGGGACAGUCUCUAAUGAGCUGCUGAACUGCGAAGUUCUCUGAGAGCACAGUGUGGUCUGCUGGGGCCUAAGGAUGAGAGUCCCUUUAUUGCUUAAGUUUUAUAAUCCCCUCAUCAAAAUAUAACCUCACUCUGCAUUGAAGAUGAACAGUAGGACUAGAAUUUGGGCCCACACAAUUAUUCCAGUAAGAUCUUGAAAUUGUUUCCAUUUGUUUAUUAGAAAGUUACAGAAAUGGAAAAAUAAAUCUUUUUACUAUCAUGCUAAAUUCACUUAUUCUCAUUGUUUGGUAGGUUUGCGGGCUUUAUGCAUACAUGUGUCAUCUAGAAUCCAUACACUUAGAGCACAGAUAAAAUACUCUCCUCUCAGUGUAGGUCAUAGACCAUCUUCUGAAGGCCUCCACUGUCAGGGGAUCUUCAACAUUUAGUAUCAGGCCUGCUGAGCUUGCUGUGUGACAGCCAUCCAAACCCGUGAGGUCAGAUGUUCUCAGGACCAGUUCUGAACACCCCAGGUUAGAACUCAGAAUUGAGAAGUCUGUGCUGUGCUCUGUCUAGGUUUACAGGACACUAGGAAAUCCUUUUUAAAAGUCAGCAACCAGACUGUGAGAUAGGGACUGCAGGCGUUCACUGCCAAGCUUGACAGUUGAACUUGCCAUCCCUUGGUGGAUGGAGAGAACUGACUCAGCAAGUUGUCCUCACCACACACCAGCUGUGGCACAUGUACACAUAUGCUGUGCGUGCACACACAUGCAGAUAUUUUCCUUGAGUCAGGAACUAGAGGAUGAUCAGCACUAUCCUUUGGCCUGGGGUGUAGCCCAAGGAAGAACUCUUUCCUGGGUCCCAUCUCCAACUCACAAAAAAGAAAGUAUAUUUCUGAGACUGAUCAUACAUCAGUUUUCUGUUAUUUGUACGUCGUAGCUGAAAGGUGAACAAACACAACCCCAGGGGACAGAUAUUUAUCACUGAUUAUUUUUAAUGACUUUGUGCUAUGAUUUGACCAUGGCAUCAAGAACAAGCAGAAAACCUGAUUUCAUAACUAACAAACAGCACUUGUGCAACAUCUGUCAUCAAAAGUAUUGCAAUCACAGACCUGAGUCCUAAACUGCAUCGUCACCCGGGCAACAGACGCAGGUGGAUAACAGUUGUGAAUCAUUCCCGAACCUGACCAGGAAUAUGUUAAAGAAUAAGCAUGUGGUUGUUUAAACACAAAAGGACUUUGACUUCUAAUUAUAAUAGCUCACAAAGAUCGGAAGAUGCAAAUACAGCUGUACUUUUUUUAGUAGAUUGCUUUAUAAUAAAAAAUAAAUGAGCUAAAUGCUG